GGGGCUACAAAAUCGUCCAGCAUAAAAGACAUCCGUUGAAACUUUUGAGUAUAAUUUCUACAAUUUUUUGGUUAUUUUGUAUCAACGUGUUGACCAAUCAUCGGUCAAAUUAAAGGCAUGCAGUGUAGUCUUCGAUCUACCAGUGCACGAAGCGAACUAGUCACAAUUGAACAACUUUCUACUUUCGACGUUAACAAGAAAAAUCAGAACCAGAUUGAUAUUUAUAAAUUAGGAAAAUCAAAAGGAUAAAGCAGAUCCCAGUUGUUCGAAAAUUCUAUCGAAAUGGAAAAUUCAACCCAAGAAUCCAACCUCCGAUCCGAAAUCUGCGUUACCUAUGAUUCUCCCUACCCAAUCUACGCCAUGGCUGUCUCGAACGCCGCCGCCGCCGUCUCCCCCCACACCCGCCGCAUAGCUGUCGGAAGCUUUAUUGAAGAGUUCAACAACAGGGUCGACAUCCUCUCCUUCGAUCACGACGCCUUAUCCCUCAAACCUACUCCCUCCCUCUCCUUCGACCACCCUUACCCACCUACGAAGCUCAUGUUUCAUCCUACCCCUGCAGCCUCCACCGCAUCCGCUUCCACCGCCACUUCCGCCGCUAACAUCCUCGCUUCCUCCGGGGACUAUCUCCGCCUCUGGGAACUCCGUGACUCAUCAAUCGAGCCUAUAUCGGUUUUCAAUAAUAGUAAAACGAGUGAAUUCUGCGCCCCGUUGACCUCUUUCGACUGGAAUGAGGUCGAGCCGCGGAGAAUCGGCACUUCCAGCAUUGACACCACUUGCACUAUAUGGGACAUUGAGAAGGGUGUUGUGGAAACCCAAUUGAUAGCACACGACAAGGAGGUUUAUGACAUUGCUUGGGGUGAAGCAGGGGUUUUCGCUUCAGUUUCGGCAGAUGGUUCUGUGAGGAUUUUUGAUUUGAGGGAUAAGGAGCAUUCCACCAUUAUAUAUGAAAGCCCGCAGCCCGACACUCCUUUACUGAGAUUGGCUUGGAAUAAGCAGGAUUUGAGGUACAUGGCCACGAUAUUGAUGGACAGCAAUAAGAUUGUAAUAUUGGACAUUCGGUCUCCAACAAUGCCCGUGGCAGAAUUGGAGAGGCAUCAGGCGAGCGUAAAUGCAAUAGCAUGGGCGCCACAGAGCGCCAGGCACAUUUGCUCUGCUGGAGAUGACGGGCAGGCACUUCUUUGGGAGUUGCCUACAGUUGCAGGGCCUAAUGGGAUUGAUCCCAUAUCUAUGUACGCAGCUGGUGCUGAGAUCAAUCAGCUUCAGUGGUCCGAGGCGCAGUCUGACUGGAUUUCCGUUGCCUUUGCAAACAAGUUGCAGCUGCUUAAAGUUUGAGGUAAUUGGGGAUUAGUUAUAUAUCAUCCGUGGAGUUUGUUGAGAUAGUGUGGCUAUUUCAUAUGCUAUAAUCUGUUUUAUUUAUAUUAGCGUACAAGAUCUUGGGAUAGUUUUAUCCACUUAUUGAGUUUAUAUAUAUAUAAUUAUGUUUCUGGAUGUACCAGUUCUCUUUGCUUGUUCUAGUGUUUUGUUUGUGCACUGCUUAUCCAUAAUAUGCAAAGACAUCUUCCAUACU